AUGCUAAUUACAACAACAACACCAACAACAACAACAACAACAACAACAACAACAACAACAACUACUACUACUACUACUACUACUACUACUACUACUACUACUACUACUACUACUACUACUACUACUACUACUACUGCAACUACUACUACUACUACUACUACUACUACUACUACUACUACUACUACUACUACUACUACUACUACUACUACUACUACUACUACUACUACUACUACUACUACUACUACGGAUAAUAAUAAUAAUAAUAAAGUUAGAUGUAUUAGCACAUCUCUCUUCAAUAUUCUUUAA